UCUUUCUCUUUCUAGGUUCAUUUAAUCUUGGGGGUAAAGAUGACAGACCUCUUAAGAAGUGUUGUCACCGUCAUUGAUAUAUUUUACAAAUACACCAAGCAAGAUGGAGAAUGUGGCACACUGAGCAAGGAUGAGCUAAAGGAACUUCUGGAGAAAGAGUUUCGUCCAAUUCUGAAGAAUCCAGAUGAUCCAGACACAGUAGAUGUCAUCAUGCAUAUGCUGGAUCGAGAUCAUGAUCGAAGACUAGACUUUACUGAGUUUCUUCUGAUGGUAUUCAAACUGGCUAUGGCCUGCAACAAGGUUCUUGGAAAAGAAUACUGUAAAGCUUCAGGGUCAAAGAAGCGUAGGCAUGGUCAUCAUCAUCAAAAGGAAGAAAGUGAAACAGAAGAAGAGACACCAAGACAGAAAUUAGGUUUCAGACAUUCAAGUUGGAGUGAGGGAGAGGAACAUGGACAUAGUUCUGGGAGCUCAUUGGGAACUGCAAAACAUAGACAUAGGUCCAACUCUAGGAGAUUAGAAAGGCAAGGUGAAUUAUCCAGCUCAGAGGGACCUAAGAAAAGACACCAUGGCUCUAGCUCUGUUCACUCUUGGAGCAGUAAUGAAGAGAGACGUGGUUCCAGCUCUGAAGAGCUAGAAGAAAAAAGAAACAAGCUACAUGCUAGGGACUCUAGAGAAUCUGGGGAAGAAAGUGAAUCUGGAUCUAGGUUAGAUAGUCAGGGAAGGAAAAGUCAUAGUGGAUCAUCACAUGGACUGGAGAAGAACAAACAUGAAUCAAAUUCUACUCAGUCAAGAAAGAGCGGAGAACAAAAGCUUGGACCUAGCUCUGAAAGUUCAGGAAACAGUAAGAUACAAAGUCAUGCAUGUGGUCACAGCAAUUCUAGUGAAUGUUGCAGACCACAAAAUGCUUCAAGUUCUUGUCAGGCAAGUAGAUCUGGGAGGCAAGGAAAUCAAUCUUGUUGUACCCAGUCAAGAUGUCAAUCAGGAACUAGUGGAGGACAAGGUUAUGGGUGUGUUUCAGGAGGUCAGUCUUCUAGAUGUUUUCAACCUGAACCUAGAUCCUGUAGCCAGUCUUGUAGUCAAAGGGGGUAUGGAUCUCAAAAAUGUAGUCAGCCACAGAACUGUGGGAGACAGCAGAAAAUGGGUUCAAAUCAUUCACCAUGCUGUGGAUCUGGAGCAACUCAAUCUUCUGGUAACAGUCAACAUGGAACCAGUUCCUGUGGACAAUCUUCAAGCUCUCAUCAAAUGGGGUGUAGUUCGAAUGAAUUUUCCAAAUGUGGUCAGCAUGGGUCUGGCUUAGGACAGCCAUCCUGCUGUGAACAACAUGGAACAAACUCAAGACAGUCCUCUGGCUUACAACAACAUGGACAUGGAUCAGGUCAGUCUUGCUGUGGUCAACAUGGUACUGCAUCAGGUCAAUCCUCUGGUUGUGGUAAACAUGGGUCAAACAGAGGUCAGUCAUCUGGGUUUGGGCAGCAUGGGACUAGUUCAGGUCAGUCAUCUGGGUUUGGGCAGCAUGAGUCUGGAUCUGGUCAGUCAUCUGGGUUUGGGCAGCAUGGGACUAGUUCAGGUCAGUCAUCUGGGUUUGGGCAACAUGGGUCUCACUCCGGACAAGCAUCUGGGUUUGGGCAGCAUGAGUCUGGAUAUAGUCAGCCAUCUGGAUUUGGGCAGAGUGGAACUGGUUUAGCUCAGGGAAAGGGAAGUCUGAAAAGAAGGAAUAUCACCAUGGAGAGUCAGAAACCAAAGGUCAUAGCAGACAGGGAAGUUCGAAGAGGCAAUCCAGGGACAGCAGUAGACAGCUACAUGGUGGACUUGAGCAUUCUCCACAGUCAGGUUCAGAAAGAAGUCCCAGAGGGAGCCCCGUUCACCCAGAGUCUAGUGAGAGUGAACAUCACUCGGUAG